AUAUUUAGAGAAAUUUGAAGAUAAUUUAACAUUAAAUGCUUUGAAAGUCAAGGUAUUGGUAAAAUUUCAGUACUAUAUGUUUGACGAUACAGAUCAAUUUAAUGCGUUAAAAGUCAGUAAAACGUUAUUUAAACAUGUUAUUGAAUAAUCUUAAUUUGUUACAGAUGUAUGGAUAUUUUGAUCCCACGGGAGUUUCGGUUCUCACUAAAUUGAAACAAACUUCAGUUGAAAAAGAAUCAAUAAAAAUUUACAAAAAAACUUUGAAUCAACAGCACCAUUGUCGACAACAUCAUCAGGAAGUCAACAUACAAUACCAAGAGCUAAUAAUAUUAACAAAUCAUGGAAAGCAUUUCUUAAAUCCACGAAUAAAGAAUUACAACAAGAAGUAUCAACAACAUCUUCUAUUCAUGAUGAAUUCAAACGUUAUCGAAAUCUGGCUACAAAAUUGUAUGUAUAA